ACGGCUCAGAGACGGGUCUAAAAUGUCGCUUGGCAUUCGGCCAACCAGCAGCAGGCAUCUCAUUUCACAAUUGGAAGCGACUCGCUCUAACGCCCCCACCACACCUCUCGAAAUGACGGCGCUGCUUGUGAAGAGCUCGUGGAAACAGCACGAGCCUGCAAUGCCCAUCGACGACAUUAUGCCCGACAACCAGCUACAGGAGGCUCGCGCCUGGACCCACAAGCUCCGCCACAGCGGCGAGAGCGCCAGCACAAGCCCCAAGCCGACGGACGCUGUCCUGUCACCCACACAGAUUACCAAGCCUAUGGUGGUCGAAACCAGCAGCAAGAAGCACCGCUUCUCACUGCGACGGCUCUUCAAGCAUGAUAACAACCAUGAACAGGGCAAGAAAGCGGCCUUUGUACCGCCCGUGCCCAUUCCUAGUGACUUCCUUACACGCGAGCGCCACGGUGGCGUGACCGUCAGCGGCAAGCGCGUUCCCUUCACGCGUGACGCUCACAAGCGCAGGAAGAAGACGGUGAGGCCCAUGCCGCGCAUCAACGAGGACCGCGCGCUCUUGCCCGUAAGCUCCUCGGUGGAGGCCUAUCGUCGUCGUGCCUACUACCCGGCCAAGAAGGAAAAGUCCAAGAAGUAAGGAAGCGCCGCCCCAUCGUCAUAGCGGCGUGUCGCUCUUCACGUCUCUGCCAGCUCGAUAAGCGCUGUCUGCAGCUAAAGCUGCAGCCGAGCCGCUCUGAGACACAAGUCGCCGCCUCGCAUCAGAGGGACCGGAGCGACAACAUGAUCGCGUUGCACCCAUCUCAUCGUACCUCGUCAUUUUUGCCUACGAAUUAGAAUUGCGCUAUUUAUUGGUUAGGAAUUACCAACACUAAAUGCAAUAAACUAUCACAUUACACCCCUUACCGGCCU